GGGUAUGGCGUCGUUGUGGGGCCCGAGUGGGGAGUGAGCUUCAGCGCCGAGUGUAGCCGCUCCCUGGGAACAUGAUGCCCGGAGAAUCCCGUUCACAGGCGGCUGAGGUGGCGGCGGAUGCUGUGACCGCGGGCUCAGCUUCCUGUGUGAACUGCGACACCUUGCAGCAGAAUUUAAAUGAAUAUGUAACUGCAUUAAUAGCACUGAAACAAAAAAUCAUUGAUACAGACCAUGUUCUGACAGAAUACCAGAAAAAAUGUGAUGAACUUCAAAAAACAGAAAGGGAUUGUAAAACACUUCGAGAUCAACUGGAUGAGUUGUUGCAGAAAUUUGCACCUCUGGAAAAAUGCAAGGAAGAAAUGGAUGCCAUGAGGGUGGAACUGGAAGAAAAGAGGAGUUCCAUCAAGAUGUACCAACAGACCCAUUUAGAGUUCAAUGAAUUACAGCAAGAACAGGCAAGAAAUGAUGCUGCGAAGAAGAAAUUGGAAAGUCGGGUAAAAAGACUGGAAGAAACAACAGCAAAACAAAAUGCAGAAAUAAAGCAAUUGAAAAGAGAGAAGACGACAUUGGAAAGAAAUCUAAAGAAAACUCAGGAAAAGUUGAUACUUCAGCAGAAGAAUGGUAUAAAAGUUCUGAAAGAUGCACAGACGCAGAAUGCCCUGCAGGAUGUUGCAACACGAAUUGACACAAAUAAAGUAAAAGUGUUACUCGAAGAAAUAUGGAUGUGUAUUGAAAAACCCAAUGUACAAGAGAAGCCAAACAAGAGCCCAGGCAAGAGAGGACCUUCACAGAAGAAAACCAAGAUGCUUAGAAGUUCUUUAAGUAACCCAAGUCACAGCAGUCCUUUGGAAACUUCAGAGCUGCCAACAUCUUCACUCCCAUGUCAACUGGAGUGCAACCAAGAAAACAAUUUCUCAAAGAUGGAUGAGAGUCUGGCUGAUGCAGGACUGAAGAGCAAUGGUGACAGUGCCUUCUAUGAUGACAAAACAAUAGAACUAACUCAACACAAAGAUCCUGCUGACAGUACAAACACUUCAAGCAGUGAUAUUGAUAGCGAUGAUGAUGAUGAGCAAGAUGCUUUAAGCCGACAACUACAAGAAAUACUUGAUUGGACUGAACCUCUUCCUCCGCAACUGUCUCCAUUGCCAUGUUCUCCUUCAUCUAAAAAGCAAAUCCUGUUUGGCGAUAUUACAGAUUCAAGUGAUGAUGAAGAUUGUAAUCUUCCUGGAAGGAACCGUAGUGAAAGUGUAGCAAAGACUGAUCAAGUGGAUAAUUCUGGAUGCAUCGAGAUGCUGACAACUAAUCAGUCACCUGUGAUGGAGGCAGGCAUUUCUGCAAGUAUGUGUGAAGAGUUAUCUGCCGAGAAAAUGGAUUGUUCUGAGGCAGAAACUGAAGAUCUGAAUGAACAGUAUUCAGCAAAAACUGAAGUGGAGGCUGAAGUUUCAGAUUGUUCUUUGAUUGUCAAAGAUGCUCAGUGUAGAAAUGAAAACAGCACUGAAAUUCAGUCUGUAUUUGAGGAAACUGUGAAGGACUGUGAUGUGACCAAAAUUCCAGAAAAGUGUGAUGUUGAUUCUGUUCUUGCACCCAGGGCUAUUGAUAAAACUGACACGACAUCUCCACAAUACAGUUACAAUGAUGACAUGAAAAGGGAUGAUAUUACAGAAAGUUCAAAAAGCACUGUGGUUUCAGUAGAGUGUAAUCUUCAAACAGUGGAACCAGAACUUGAAACGUCACAACCAUGCAGUAAAGAAGAAUAUGGUGUAGAAACUUGUGUUAAAGAGGUGGACAAGGAGGAGCCUGUGUCAAACGAUGCCAGUGCCGGUGAACAGUUAGGAACAACUUUUGAACGAAUGGAGAUGCCAGAAAUUAAGUGUAAUAGUCUUACAUGUGACAAUCAAAGAGGUGAAUGCAUGGUAACUUCAGUGCUGACCUCUGAUAGGGAGCAUGCCACAUCAGAAUGCACAACAAAGAAGCAAGUUGGUGUUAGCACAGUGGAAGAAGAAAUAUCAUUUUCAGAGAUGAACAAUGUAGAAGUAGAUGGUGUUGCUCAAACUAACUCGGGUGAAUGUAUUUCUACAGAGGACAUGGAGGUGGAGGAAAGGAAUUGCAAUAGCUUUACACCUGACAGGCAAAAGGAUGAAUGUUCACGGGUUUUGUUGCAGGCAACUGAUGUGGACCUUCCUCAAAUAAACUCACUGACAACAGAACAAAAUCUUAAUAAAAUGGAGGAGAAAACCCCAUCAGCUGAGGUUUACUGUUCUGUAGAAACUGAUGUUUCUCAGCACAAGUCCAAGCACUGCAUAACUACAGGGUGUGCAGAGGUGGAAGAAGUUAUUGCUGAUAAUUCAGUAUCUGAUAAUCAAAAAGAUAAAUCCAUACUGACUUCAGUGCCAGCCACUGAUUCUGAGCAAACACAUAACGAACUUGCAGCACAAGAUCAAAGAGAACUUGUCAAAGUGCAGGCAGUAUCAUCGCUGGCAGAUUUUGAGUGUUCCACAGAAACCAGUAUAUCCCAGGAUAAGGCAAACAACCUUUUUUCUACAGAGGAUACAGAAAUGAACAGCAGUUCUGUUGGCCUAAUAUCAGAUGAUCAAAAAGAUAAAGGCAGUCCGAUUUCUGCAUCCAGUGACACUGAAGAGUUUGAUGCAAAGGAACAUAAUGGGAUUGACAGAAAACAGGAGACUGCUAUACGUGGCAAGAUUGACAAUUCUGUCAUAGCUCAGGACAGGUCCGAGGGCCAUGUCGGUACUGAAGAUGUGGUGGUAAAAGGCUUAGAUUCCAAAAGUCCUAUCUUUGACAGCCCCAACAAUGAACAUGUGGUACCUUCAGAACCUGAAUUUAUUCAACAGGCUGAAUCAGCCUUUAUAAUAAAGGAGAAACACGGUUUCAACAAACUCAGUGAGGUGUCUUCACAUGUGUCUGACUGUUCUGAUGUCAUUCAGGAGAGUUCCAUUUGCAGUACGGAUAUGGAGAUGGAGGAAGUAGAAUUGAAUAGUUCUACAUCUGAUGCAGCAAACAAUGCAUGUAUAUCAACCUUGGUACCAUUCAGUACUCAGAUGACUGAAGUGGAAUCCUCAGCAAAAGGUCAAGAUUAUCUUAACAAGAGAGAGCUGCCUUCGCCAUUUUUUGAUUUUGACAGUUCUGAGAUAUCUGGUGUUAUACAGAAUCAAAACAAAGACUAUGUUUCAACACACAUUGUGGAUAUGGACGAAGGUAGUUCCAAUGGAUCUGCAUUUAUUGAAUGCACAUUGAUUUCAGUGCAGUCUUCCAUUGAGGAAUCCGAAACCAAGUCCACAAUAGAGGAAGACAGCAUGAUUACCAAAACAAAUGAAGCACCUUCAUUUCUUGAGUCAGAUUGUUCUUUUGCCAUAACUGAUCUUGCUCAGGACAAAUCCUCAGAUUGUAUUUCUGUUAUGGGAAUCUCUAGCAAAUCUGAAAGGGUGAGUUUCCUUUCCCCAGAAUCGGAAUCAACUGAAGAUACUGAAAAAGUAAAAGACCUGGUUUGUGAAAGUCCAUUUGACCAGUGGAAUGAAGAAAAAGAUAAAGUUGUAGAAAAUGAGGAAGAAGAAUGUCAUAUAGGAGAGAUAAGCAGUCAAGAAUCUGGCACAGACUCAACUCAAAUUUGUGAGAUGAAUCCACAGAAGUCUGAAGUAGAAGUCUCCAUGUUGGUUAGAAAAAUCAAAAGAAAGCAAUGGCAUGCAAAGAUUCUAACUCCUGAGGAAGAAAUGCGGGAUACCACUAAUCAAAAUAGAGUUGAAGUAGCCACCACAGCUGAUGUUUACAUUCCUGAAAGCUUGUCUCAAGAGGUCAAAGCUCAGACUGGGAAUCAGAAGCUUGAAGCUGAACACCACACCUCUUCUGUUAAUAGCCAUGUUACGGUACAAUGUGACAAAGUGCCUUUUGCUUCUAACUGUGUACCAGAAGCUAACGAAACUGUUUGUAAAAUUGCAAACAUAAUAAAUGCUAAGGAAGAUCAAGUGGCUGUUCAUCCUGACUCUGUUGAAAGUAAAAUUGAGCCAGUAACUUUGGAUAAAGAUUUUUCACAAGACAUCUGUCAUAGUCCAGCAUUCAAAGCAAAUGAUAUGAAUUCUGACGAUGCCAAACAUGGGGAUAAUACUGUGUCAAGAAAAUAUGGAGUUUCAGCUCUAGAUUUAGAUACCCCUGCUUUAAACAUUUGUGACAAAGAACCUCGUUCAGAAUCGAGCACUAACACUGACACGUUGUUAGGAUGUGCACAUAUAGCAAAUAAAUGUUUGGAAAACAAUUAUCUGCAAAAUGAACUAGAUAAUGUGGAGAAAUUGCAAAACUCUUCUGACAUUUGUUUCAAUCAAGACAGCAACAUACAAGAGAAAGAUGGCUUGCAAACUAGCAAGAAUACCAUUGGAAUUGUACAGGAAAUGCCCAAUUGCCCCUCAAGUGUAAAAAAAGUGAAUAAUUCUACAAAUACACCAAUAGAGGGCACUUCCAGUCAUAUACGUUUUGUACAAACAGUGGACAUUUCAACACAAACUGAAAUAAUGUGUGUUGGUUCGGAAACUGUGCUUUACACUGGCAGUGAUCUUAAGGCUGUUUCUCAGACAGAUAUUGUUGAAAAAUGUAAAUUAGGAACACCAAAUGCAAAACAACAUUCUAGUUAUUGCGAUUUGUGGAAUCCAUCACUUCCAGAUGUUCCUUCAGAUCAUCGAAGACCCAUUUACACAGUGGCUUUACAUGAUAAUGAAGCAUUAUUUGAAAGUACAGUUGACAAUUCAGUGGCUGUGGAAUCAUUUGGAACUUCAGAAUGUGAGCAUACCUCCAAAAAGACUGCAAAAACCAAAAAGGUACAAUUAUGUAGAAGAUUACCAUGCAGUUUGGUUGAAGAUGAUGGAGAUCUGCAACCAGAAGGCACUUUACAAAAGUCUAAUUUACAGUCCACCUGCAAAAGUCGUGCUGUUUUAAGAAGAAACAGAAGAAAUUCAAAUUUGAACAAUCCACCUGUACGAUCCAAUGCUGACACUUCCGCUCCAGCAUUGUGUACGCAAGAAAUUCAUCAAGUAAUGUUAGAAAUGGGACAACCUUUACCACCACUACUGCCGCCACUCGUAGCUACACCACCAAGAGCUGUAAGAGUUACAAAACCAAUAUCCCCUCUUAUUACAACAUCUAAUGCAGUCUCGCUAUGUUCUCCUGUAGAUGAUUUGGCUUCCCCUUCUAAGGACACCACAAAGGCUGCUUCGGUUUCUCCUCCUUUGGAUUAUACUCAACAAAAGUCUCCUUCGAUGCAGUCACCAUCCCCAUUAGAAUUUGCAAGAAAUGAACGAAUCCAAUCUUCUCCAUUACAGUUUUGCACUGCAACCCCAAAACAUGCUGUUCCUGUACCUGGGAGACUACCUCAGUCUGCGUCAACAUCUGGGGGUUCAGCUUUACCUCAAGAAAACUCUGUAAAAAUAUUGGAUGCUAUGUAUCCCAACCUCUCUGCCCGUGCAAGAACUUUAAACAUCCUCCGUGGAAAUGUUCAACUCAGUAUUCGUGGCCCCACGGACAAUGAGAACCAAUCUGGAUCAGUGAACCAAAUCAUGGGGUUCAAAGCAAUCAAUUCUGCUGCAACUGCAUUUGUUAAAGCAGGAAGCAAUUCCAGAUCAGAAGGCUCAAAAGCUGAUGGAUAUGAAAAAGAUUUAGAGCAACAACAGACAGCUAUUGCUAGCACGUUAAGUACUAUGGAUAGAUCUAAAAAAGACCAAAAGGAAGAGUUAACCAGCAAUAACCUGAAGUCAAUAAUGUCAAAUAAGGAUCAUGUCACUAAAACAGAAUUUUAG